UCUAAAGCAGUAUGUGUUCGGAGGCUGGGCCUGGGCUUGGUGGUGCAUUUCUGACACACAAAGCUGUGCAAUGUAGACGUAGCUUUAAUUACACACAUUCUGGAGAGCUCAGAGGCACCUUACCAGGCAUGCCAAGUCCUGAGUGGAGGAUUUGAUUCUUCUUCCAAGAGCCGAUGACCUCCUGAGUAACUCUAAGCACAGUACUGUCUUUGGAGGUUAUGACCAUCCUCUGUCGCUGUGAGAAUAUUGAGACGUCGGAGGGGGUCCCACUGUACGUAACAGGGGUUGCACAGGUGAAAAUAAUGACAGAGAGAGAGCUUCUGGCUGUGGCCUGUGAGCAGUUCUUGGGGAAGAACGUCCAAGACAUUAAGAACGUGGUCCUUCAAACGCUGGAGGGGCAUCUGCGAUCCAUCCUAGGCACCCUGACAGUGGAGCAGAUCUAUCAGGACCGGGAUCAGUUUGCCAAGCUGGUGCGGGAGGUGGCAGCUCCAGAUGUGGGCCGCAUGGGCAUCGAGAUCCUGAGCUUUACCAUCAAGGAUGUGUACGAUAAGGUGGAAUAUCUGAGCUCUCUGGGGAAGACUCAGACAGCCGUUGUUCAGAGAGAUGCCGACAUUGGCGUGGCAGAGGCUGAGCGAGACGCUGGCAUUCGGGAGUCGGAGUGCAAGAGGGAAAUGCUGGACAUCAAGUUCAUGUCAGACACUAAAACGGCCGAUUCCAAACGGGCCUUUGAGAUGCAGAAAGCCGCCUUCAGCCAGGAGAUUAACAUUAAGACUGCCGAGGCCCAGCUGGCCUACGAGCUGCAGGGUGCCCGGGAGCAGCAGAAGAUCCGCCAGGAGGAGAUCGAGAUCGAGGUGGUGCAGCGCAAGAAGCAGAUUGACGUCGAGGAGAAAGAGAUCAUCCGGAUGGACAAGGAGCUGACCGCCACCAUCAAGCGUCCGGCAGAGGCCGAGGCGCACCGCAUGCAGCAGAUCGCCGAGGGCGAGAAGGUGAAGCAGGUUCUCAUUGCGCAGGCCGAAGCAGAGAAGAUCCGCAAGAUUGGCGAGGCAGAGGCCUCUGUCAUCGAAGCCAUCGGGAAAGCAGACGCAGAGAAAAUGAAGCUGAAGGCAGAGGCUUACCAGCAGUACGGCGACGCGGCCAAGAUGGCUCUGGUGCUGGAUGCUCUGCCCCAGAUCGCUGCUAAGGUGGCCGCUCCGCUGGCUAAAGUGGACGAGAUUGUUAUUCUCAGUGGGGACAGUAACAAGGUGACGUCCGAGCUGAGCCGUCUGCUGGCUGAGAUCCCUGCGUCUGUGCAUGCCCUCACUGGCGUCGAUCUGUCCAAGAUCCCCCUGAUCCAGAAAGCCACGGGAGCCCAGGCAUGAGGCUGGCCAGUCCAAAGCUAGUGAAGACAACCCCCUGUUAUGCACUCUUACAUCAACUGCCUUUAACACUUGGGAAAUCCUUUUAUAUCAAAGACAAUUGGAAGUUCAUUUUUAAGCUCUGGUGCCUUAUUUUGUAGGACCAGAAUGAUGCAUGUUAAAUUGGUCUUUUUUUCUUAAGGGGAAUUUAUUUUGUAAGUUU